AUGCUGGCCAUGGAUCAGGCCAUGGAGCAAAGCCCUGCCAGCGGGCUGUUCUUAGUUUGCUGUCUUCUGAUCGCGGUCUUUGGUUUCCUUCUUGCCCAUCUGGAAGGCGACCCGAAAGGUGGUUAUAGCAACGCACCCACCUCGCACCUUCACGAAUGUGCCGAUUCGGCGGAUCUGCUCUUUUCGGACCUCUUCUCGGACGGGACAGGCCUGGGUCCGCUGGAGCCGCUUUGGCGGCUUUUCACGCUAGAGGGCGCCUUGUGGACUUUGCUGACUGGAUGGGAUCCCAGAGACCAUGCUUCCUCGCUGGGGCUCUCGGGCAUGUUGGAGGCCCUUGGAAGCCUGGGUGCCACGCUGCUGAGCCUUGGUGCACAUGCUGCAGCUGCCAUUUUGAAGCUUGGGGGCAAGGGAGCUUCCAAGAAGGAAGAUGGCAAGGAGAAACUGAGUACCGCGCAUGAAAAGAUCCAGAUGACCUUUCUGCAAGAGGCACAUGCCUAUUGGGGCUACGUCCGCCUCUUUUGCUUGGGACUCAUCCGCGAGUAUAUCGUGCGUGCCUGCGCGGUGGUGUUGCAAGACGACAUCUCUGUACGAUACGUCAAGCGUGAAAAGUGGAGCGUUGGGUGGACCGACUUUUAUUUGCAGCAUAUGUACAAGUUGUACGUGGACUGCUUCGCUCGCCCCAUUUCGUCCGCUCCAGAUGCGAAGGUCGAAGUGGUGAUUCGAGAACGAGCAGGUGGAGACCUCUUUGGCCCUCUGAAUGACCUCAAGCUCACUGAGAAGAGAAAGAUGUGUGUAAACCUCUCGAGCUACAACUACCUGGGCUUCGGCGGUGUAGACGAGUACUGCACUCCGGUGGCGCGAAAGGCUGCACGGGAGCUGGGCUGGUCCACGAGCGGCACCCGUACGGAAGGUGGAACCAAGGCGAUCCACCAGGACUUGGAGCGAGAGGUGGCCAAGUAUUUGAGCAAGGAGGAUGCGUUGGUGCUGGGCAUGGGCCGGGACCACUCAGCGGGUAAGUGGGUCAGUGAGAUUCUGCCCGGACCAGUGGUGGGAGAGGGGCUGACAGGAAGGUGCCAAUCGGAUCAAAAACAAGCAAUGUCGGAGGCCGCCGGAGUAGUGCGAAACCAGUUGGGCUACAUCGUGAAUGGUGGAAAGAAGGACUAUGGCCCACUGGACUCACAGGCCGCAACCCUUCUUUGCAAGUGA